AACGAUACAACUUCUCCCAGUUCACGUUAUAUCCUUACAACCAUCACAAGCAGCUUCAACAGGCCUGUAGGAUGAUCAGCUGUCUGACAGCUUGGGCCAAGAGAUGCGAGUCCGAGCGGACCGCGAUGCGUAUCUUCCCCCUGUGCCUCCCCGUGCCAAGCUCAAUCCUGACCAAAGAUCCCCAAGUUCAUGCGCAAAAAUCAAUACUUGCUCGUACCGGGUGAGCACAACGGACGGAGCAAACGCAGGUUUGACAUGCUCAACUCCACUUUCACGGGAUGCGAAGACACCAGCAAGAACCUGAACGGUAUCACGCGGACCAAGAUGCAUACACACAUUCCCUGUGCCUCAUACCAGGUUGUCAGGAUUCGCAUCAAGCCCUGUGAGAAGCUCCAAGGCUCCUCCCUGAAUACAGUUGACAUCACUUCGGGAGACAGGAACAGCUGACAAACAUUUUACCAGCUGAACGCAGCGUGCGAGAUGUAUCAAGGAGCCCCGAAGCCGAUGUGCCAGAUCAACAAUAGAAGUGACUGACACGGCACGAGAGACCGAUAUGGAGACACACCACCCUACUGUGUCACUUACCUUCGUGUAAGAUGAAACUCUCGUUUCGCCAAAGAGAGAAGAAAUCUUGGGCUGAGAACGUGCGCCUCUCCUGGUCAGUUGUUGGGACAUCACGUGGCUCAGAUGUUGUUCAUGGUCUUCUUUUUACCAUGAAUUUCGAUACGACGACUGGAAGCUUCAAGUGCAGUGUCCGUGGGGUAUUAUCAGGAAGCCUGACGAAACCAGGCAAAACAUAACUCUCUACGGUACACCCUGGCUGCCAAGUUGCCCACAGAAACUGAAUCUCCAUCAGUGGGCUGCCUUGAAACGGACAACGACAUUUCACGUUCACUUCCUGACCAUGUGCAAAAUGCGCUAGAGUUUGACUAAGUUUGACUGCUUCUGCGGCUGUCUUCGCUCUCUGACCUGGCAUGUUUGCUGCCUUGAAGCAAGACGGCCUUCAACCGUUGAUGCAGCGAUCACGAGGGGAACGUGUUCCGCAUCGCCUCCCCAGGCACGGGAGGGCUGCAGGCUCACCUGGAAGCUCUGCAGGACUCCGUGGGAUUUGUUGCCGUAGUAGAUGCCCAGCUGCCCUUCCAAGCCGGUGUAAUGGGAAGCCGGUGUAAGUGGUCCAAGCACGAGUGUUGGCUUCUCGCCAACACUCGUGCUGUGCACGCCUCUCUGACGCAUAAUUGGACCACCACUUCGUACGCGGCUUUCGAUCCCCGCCCACAAUACAAGCGACUUGCCCACGCAGUGGGUUCCCCUUACUCGGAAUGCAGGGAGGAAUUCGCUUUCUUGGCAAACGGACUUUCUCUCAGAGUGAAACGGACUUUUGUGCUAUGUGAUCGAACUCAUCGAACGACGCAUGAAGAUGCA